AUGGAUGAUAUACAAAGAGAUCAUGUUAGAACAACGAAAACUAUGUCCGUUGGAAUAUAUGGAUGGAGAAAACGUUGUUUAUACUGUCUAUUGUUUGUUUUAACAAUAGUUGUUUUGAUUAAUUUAUGUUUAACAUUUUGGUUGUCAGUUGCUUUGGGUCUUCAUUGGGGAAAUAUUGGACCUAUUACAAUAUUUAAAAGUCAUGUCAUAUUUCGAUCGCCAGUUGUAUUUAAAGAUGGAUUUAUUGCAAACAAAAUAUCUAGUGGUGAUCAAUCGUUAAGUAUUCAAUCAGAUAAAAGUGUGAACAUUCAAAGUGGAUCAGAAAAUAAAAAUUCAAAAUUAACCAUUGAUCAAAAUGGAAUUCAUGCUAAUUGUGACCAAUUUCAAAUAAAUGAUCGAACUGGUUCAAAACUUGUCGCUAUUGAUUCAUCACAAAUUCAAGUAUAUACUGAUGAUCUUUCAAUUAUGUCGGACAAGAAACGAUUGGAACUACCAAAUUUAAUAACAAAUUCAAUCAGUUCAGAUAAAAAUCUAAGUUUAUCAGCAGAUGAAGGUCGACUUAUAUUAUCAUCUAACAGUAAUAUUGAUAUAGCCGCUAGACAAACACUUGACUUCGUUGGAAAUGAUAUUACUAUAAAAGCACAUACGAUUCGUCUUCAAAAUGAACAUAUUUAUUUUGAAAAAUUACGUUUUUUUGAUCGUGCUAAAGGACCAAUAACCGCUCGUAGUUCACAAUCCUACUCCGUAUGUAUAUGCGAAAAUGGUCUGGUCUUUGCUGCAGUUGAUUGUCGUCAACAUGCUUUCGAUUGUCGCGAGUAA